AUGGAAUGUCAUGCUCUGGAUAAGACCUUGAAUGCGAGUUUUCUGGUUCAAAAAAUUGCGGAGCUUAUUGUUGAAAGAAUGGGAGGCCCUGUGAGUGAUGUUGAAGAUAUGUUCAGGAGGUGGAGGGCAAGGAAUCAUGAGCUGAAAAUCUAUUUGAAUACAAUCAUCCUUCCUCUUGGCUCUCUUGAUGUUGGACAUUCACGCCAAAGGGCAUUACUCUUUAAGGUACUUGCUGACAGGAUCAACCUUCCAUGCAAGCUAGUCAAAGGGAGUUAUUAUACUGGCACUGAUGACGGAGCUGUGAACUUGAUAAAAUUGGAUGAUGGAAGCGAGUACAUUAUUGAUCUAAUGGGUGCUCCAGGCACACUCAUUCCAGCUGAGGUACCUAGCAGUCAUCAUCAAAAUUUUGGGUUGGAUGCAAUGGGUGCUGCUACUUUGGUAGGGAGGGACAAGAGUUCAUGUACAGCAUCUGACCAAGGACCUAGAAUUAGGUUAUGUUCACCUGGUGUGGAUGAGACUCAUAAAACCAGUAUUUCAACACCAGAACCAUCAGCCAUGGCCAUCAUAUCAAAUAGAGAAGACAGGAGAAUAGUAGAAAAAAACCAGACAGAGCAGUUGGAGCAUUUUCAUCCGCCAAGCGGAUCAGGUGAAGCAUCACUGCAUGCUGGAAAGAAAAAAUCAAGUGGCCGGGACUCACAUACAGAAGAUGCUUCCGGUUCUGCUACCAGUGCUGUGAAGGAACCAGAUUUCACUGGAGAACUUCCUACCAUGUGGUCAGAGAACUGUGCAUCAACACCCAAAGAUUUGUUUCCAAACAUAAGUUCUCAUGAUUUCAGAGAAGACAAAGUGCUGGAAAGGAAUGGACUAGUAAGGAGAGACAGAGUCGUUGAUUCUGAAAAUGAGCACUCUCUUGUACCUUUUACAGGGUUGCAGUUAUGGAACAUUGUGUAUAACCAAAAGCCUUCACCUGAAGGAUUGGGAACACACCUGUUUAAACUGGAACCAGAAGGAUAUAAAUCAUCUCUAGAUAGUCCAGGGGAGCAAAAUGUGCUUGUCAAAGAUAGAAAUAAUGAAGUGAACUCAAACGGCAAUGCUGCUGCUGGUAGAGAGCUUGUUGAUUAUUCGGAAAGUACAGAGGCUAUGCUAGUAUGCUGCACUGACCAGCUGGAUGCUAACAAGACUCACAAUGUGCAAAUGGAUCCCGUACUGAGUGGAGUUGCUGAAAUUUUGUGGGAGGAUCUUCAAAUUGGCGAACGCAUUGGUAUAGGGUCAUAUGGUGAGGUCUACCGAGCAGAAUGGAAUGGCACGGAAGUUGCAGUGAAAAAAUUUAUGAACCAAGAUAUCUCAGGCGAUGCACUAGCACAAUUUAAAUGUGAGAUUGAAAUCAUGUUAAGGUUGAGGCAUCCAAAUGUUGUUCUUUUCAUGGGAGCGGUGACGCGCCCCCCAAAUAUGUCCAUAUUGACAGAAUUUCUUCCAAGGGGUAGUUUAUAUAAGCUGCUGCACCGCCCAAAUAUCCAAAUAGAUGAAAAAAGACGCAUAAAGAUGGCCCUUGAUGUGGCUAAGGGAAUGAAUUAUUUGCAUACUAGCCAUCCUAUCAUUGUGCAUCGGGAUCUUAAGACACCAAACCUCCUUGUUGAUAAAAAUUGGGUUGUUAAGGUUUGUGAUUUUGGGAUGUCACGUUUGCAGCACCAUACUUUUCUAUCUUCAAAGUCAACUGCUGGAACGGCAGAAUGGAUGGCUCCAGAAGUUCUAAGAAAUGAACCAUCCAACGAGAAAUCGGAUGUAUAUAGUUUUGGGGUCAUACUUUGGGAGCUGGCAACUCUGCGAGUGCCGUGGACAGAAAUGAACUCAAUGCAGGUGGUUGGAGCUGUUGGAUUCCAGGGUAGACAUCUUGACAUCCCACCCACGAUUGAUCCCCUGGUGGCAGAGAUAAUAAGUGACUGCUGGAACAGAAACCCACAGGCACGCCCUUCUUUUGCACAGAUUAUUACCCGUCUCAAAUGUCUGCAGCGUCUCAGUUUGCAGAGAACAGAGAACCGUAAAAAUCAGCAGUGAUGAUGUAGCAGUAGCUAAGAGCUCGUUUCUGGGUUCGAAGAGCCAGAAGAGCAAAAGUCAAAAGUUUGAGAAAUCGUCUGGAAGCAAGGUAACUGGAUGGGGAAGUGUUGGUUCAUUCAAAGUGGGAACCCAACACGGCCAAUUCAGAACAGAGCAAAUGCCCUCAACUUCAAAACUGGCUUGAAGGGAAGUAGGGCAAAAGCUGUUAGUAAACUUGAUCACAUUAAUUUGUGAAGUCCUAAAAAACGAAAGAGAAAAUGGUAAAGGCCUUCUCUUCAUGGUUUUUAGGGUCAAAUCAAUGUAAUAUGAUCUAUUUGUAAGAAUCUCUUAAUAAAAAAGAAAAGUGGGAAGGAAAAAAAAAAAGAAAAAAGCAAAAGGAAAGAAAAAAAGAAACGAAGAAAAGAAGAAAAGAGAGUGAGUUUUGGAAUCUGUUGGAGAUCGUCAAAAGUAGCAACUGUAAAAAGAGGGUCUCUACAGGUUGCGCGCCUGAAGAAAAGAGGGUUAUUAGUUAAAACAAAAAUGUCAUGUACUUAACUGCCUUCAUUUAUACUAUUACAACUACUACUCUGUAUCUCCCUGCCGUUGAAAAGAAAAGUGGUGAAUGUUGUGAACUUUUCUA